CUCAUGACAGUUCGGCCUCUGUUGUUACCAAGUGUUUUCCACUGAUAAUAGCGAAUGUUUCGAAUUGGAUAGAAACAAUGUGCUGAAAAAACAAAGAUUUCAUCUAACCUUGCGAACUAUCUUCUCGGCUAAAUCAUUGCCAUCAACAAACCACCGUUUUUCUCAACCGCAAGCGACCGAAGAAAAAAGUGAAACCUGACUUCAAUUUGCAAUUAAAUUGCAACCGGUGUGGUACAUGAGUGAAGAGAAAAAAACUAAAGACAAUGCAACAGUAAUCAUCAUUUAUUCACACCAGCUGCACUACAGAUUAUCAGAACGUAACGAAGUCACUGCACCACCGUGGUGGUGUCUCCGUCUAGAUUUACAUGCAACCUGGCCCGGGUUGCGUGUAGUGCCAUAUGGAUCUGUGUUGAAAAGACAGGUGAAAUCUGUGCCCCGUUCAUUAUAAUACGCAUUGAAACAUAAUCGAAGUGAGGCUUUCGUCGAGACUCAUUACGAGGCCUCUCAUGCUGUACGAGUGUUACCGGAGAGUGAAGCCACGCGCAGAAUUAUAAUAUAAUCGAGCUGGUGCAAUCGAGAAACGACCGAUCGGUGGCCACUUUCUUCGGAGGGAUGAUUGUGCGAAACUUGCUGUUUUUCACCCAUCAACUGAGCCUCAAGACUAGGUUUGUCUCGUGACGAACGAUCCGCACGGUGAAGAACUUUGUUCGGACUAGAUCGAAGCGUUAUGAGAUUUAUAAAAAGCCAUCCGCCAUCGAUAUAGAGAGGGGCCAGGUGGAAAAUGGUCUUAUCCGUAAGCAGCCUUACGACAACUCAUCGACGUCAUCACCAUCGAAACAAGCAGCGAACUUUUCGGUCGACCCAAACGACGACGGCAGCGGCAACAGUUCACGUUCGACCAGCGAACGUUUCGGAUUGGUGUUUUUCUACGUGAUUCAGUUCGUUGGUGUUGGAGCUGCGAUCGCGGGUAUCGUCCUCGUCUGGUACUACAUGGGUUGGGAAUUCGGACUGCCGGCGGUUCUGAUCGCCCUGUUGGCCGUGCUGAUCGCCAGCGGACGGUGGCGAUGGUUCUACAUUGCGGCCGUGACGGCUCCCCGGGACGUGAAAGCCCUGACUCGUUACAUCAAGCUGCUGUUUUUGGUGAGAAAAUACUCUCGUCAGAACGCAACCAUUGCGGACAUCUUCGCCGAAUAUGUCUCCAAGCAGCCUGAGAAGGCGUGUUUGAUCUUCGAAGGGAGGGAGUGGUCAUUCAAAGAGAUUAGCGACUACUCAAACCGAUUGGCGAAUGUGUUUCACACGCACGGCUACAAACACGGCGAUGUGGUUGGCCUCUUGCUGGAGAACCGGCCAGAGUUCGUGGCGACGUGGCUGGGUCUGUCGAAGUUGGGGGUGAUCGUACCGCUGAUCAAUCACAACCUGCGGAAGAAUGCCCUCGUUCACAGCAUCACGGUAGCGAAAUGUAACGCUCUGAUUUACGGUGAAUCUUUGUGCGAUGCCGUCGCCGAGGUCACAGAAACACUCCCCGCCACGAUGGCACUGUACCAGUUCAACGACACCGUCCAGCAGCCAGUGCUGGCAAACGCUAGGGAUCUGACAACACUAUUGCAGGCAGCUUCGAAGGAGCUACCGGUCACGAACGUGAAAAAACCGGACCAUCAUGAUCAGCUGCUCUAUAUCUACACUUCCGGAACGACGGGGUUGCCGAAGGCAGCUGUGAUCACACACUCUAGAUUCGUUUUCAUCACGGCAGCUAUUCAUCUGGUGGCAGGUUUUCGCACUGACGACAUUUUCUACACGCCUUUGCCCCUCUAUCACACCGCCGGGGGCAUGAUGAGUAUCGGCCAGGCGCUGGUUUUUGGGGCUACCGUUGUGAUCAGGAAGAAGUUCUCCGCUUCGCAGUUCUUUGCCGAUUGUCAAAAGAACAACUGCACGGUGGGACAAUACAUUGGUGAGAUGUGUCGGUACAUUCUCGCCACACCGCCCUCCGCCACAGAUAAGGCGCAUCGGAUCAGGCUAAUGUUUGGCAACGGACUGCGUCCUCAAAUUUGGCCACAGUUCGUCGAACGAUUCAACAUUCCUCGGGUAGCCGAAUUCUACGGUGCUACCGAAGGCAACGCAAAUAUUGUCAAUCUGGACAACACCGUGGGAGCUAUUGGCUUUGUGUCCCGCAUUAUUCCAUCCAUCUAUCCAAUCUCGAUCAUCCGUGCGGACCCUGCCACGGGAGAGCCCAUUCGCGGUAAGAAUGGCUUAUGUCAGCUGUGCCAGCCAAACGAACCCGGAGUUUUCAUCGGUAAGAUUCUGCCAAAUAAUCCGAGCAGGGCGUUUUUGGGCUACGUGGACAAGAGCGCGUCGGAGAAGAAAAUCGUACGGGAUAUCUUCAAGAAGGGCGACGCGGCAUUCCUAUCGGGCGAUCUGUUGGUAGCGGACGAACGGGGAAAUCUCUACUUCCGAGAUCGCACCGGUGAUACAUUCCGGUGGAAGGGUGAGAACGUGUCGACGAGCGAAGUGGAAGCCGAAGUUAGCAACGCUUCCGGCUAUCGGGAUACCGUUGUCUAUGGCGUUGAGAUUCCAAACCUGGAAGGACGGGCCGGUAUGGCCGCAGUGCUCGACCCGGAACGUCAGGUGGAUCUGAUCAAACUGGCACAAACCCUCAAGGGAACCCUUCCCCCGUAUGCUAGGCCUAUGUUCGUACGUCUGCUGACGAAGGUUGACAUGACCGGAACGUUCAAGCUGAAAAAGCUCGAUCUGCAAAAGGAAGGAUUCGAUCCGAACGUGAUCGAUGACGCUCUCUUCUAUCUGUCCCCCAAGGGUUCCUACGAAAGUCUAACGAAGGAAGUGUAUGAGCAAAUCAAGCGAGGCGAGAUUAGGCUCUAAUGGCAGAACCUCCUUCUUACUCACAGAUGUAUGCCCAAAGCGGGACUUGUUAAAUUAUCAUUCGUUAUCAUUGUUCACACUCAAUACGGUUCUCAUCUUCCCAAAUGUCAACAGCAGAACAACUGUGAUAUCGCUAGCGAAAGGGUGGGCUUUGCUUCGUGGAAGAAGACAGACAAAGAUUAAUCGAGCUGAACCUGGGGAGGUUGUUGCGCUUCCCAGAGGAAUCCUAUCCAUUAAUAUAUAAGGCAGUACUUAUCUAGGAAAUAAAAGAGGUUUACGGAUUAUUUUUUAAGAUCACGGUAUCCUUUAUUAUCCGUUCACUGUAAAUACUGAUAUGUCUAGGCUGGUUGGAGGACCGAUCAUCGAUCACAAAGAAUGUGUGGUAUUAUUUGUACGUGAUACUGUUUCGUAUGUUUGAGCAAAUAUUUGCAUUUAAGUAAGGAAGUGGGAGUGUGUGGCAAUGAAUGAAUUCACAUUACUUGAAUAAAGUGAAUAAAAUCUAUCUAAUGUUGA